AUGGCUCAACCUCCAUCUGAUAACGCUCCACCUUUCUGUAUUGCUAUUUUUGGAACGGACAAUAAAUUUACACAUUUAGAUGUUAAGGCAAGGUGGAAAAUUAUAAAUGAUUUGGCUGCCGAUGAAGAAAUUACAGUUUUAGGAUAUUCAUCAGAUGGUGAUACACGGUUACUGAAGUCAAUGCAGUCUAAGACUUAUAACAAUAAAAUCAAUUUAUCACAAUUUUCACAAUUCUUUGUACAAGAUACUGUACACAUAGGGACAAAACUUAGAACCAGGAUAUUAAAACCAGGAAUUGACUUACCAAUUGGCUCUUACACUGUAUCUAUUACUCAUUUGUCUCAGCUAACAUAA